CCCAGGGGCACCGUCCUCUGACAGUGGCUUCCAGGUAGUUCCAGUAUUCCAGAGGGACGUCUUCUGCUAAGGGCACAGCGUCGGAGAGGCUUAAUUCCAGGAUAAUUUUGUCUGGUGUUGUAAAUUUUGGCAUCGGCGCCAUGUUGGUUCUACGAUUGACUGCUGUGGCCUCAGCCAUCCUAGCAUUGGUGUCGUCUACAGAGCUCUCAUCUCUGAAGCCUGGAGAGACUUCACUCCACGGUGAAGUCGAGAGCCUCGACUACGCCAGCAGGAUCGCGCGGUCACCCCAAGGAUUCUUUGGAGUUUUCGGUAGGUCGAGGUCACGCGGGAGAAGACCAAAGGGCUACAGGGCUCCGAAGGCUCCGGCUAAGGGGUACGGACCCCCUCCCAAGGCACCGGCGAAGGCUCCGGCGAAAGGGUACGGAGCCCCGCCUAAGGCACCUGCGAAGGCUCCGGCAAAAGGGUACGGAGCCCCUCCGAAGGCUCCACAGAAAGGUUAUGGACCUCCUCCUAAGGCACCGGCGAAGGCUCCGGCAAAAGGGUACGGACCCCCUCCAAAGGCUCCGCAGAAAGGUUAUGGACCACCUCCCAAGGCUCCUAGUCCUUCGUACGGAGCUCCGCCAAAGGCUCCUAGUCCUUCUUAUGGAGCGCCUCCAAAAGCACCUAGUCCUUCAUAUGGAGCUCCUCAAAAGGCCCCUAGUCCCUCCUAUGGAGCCCCUCCGAAAGCUCCUAGCCCAUCAUACGGAGCUCCAGAAAAAGCCCCUGCGAAAGCUCCUAGUCCAUCAUACGGAGCUCCAGAAAAAGCCCCUGCGAAAGCUCCUAGUCCUUCAUAUGGAGCUCCUCCAAAGGCUCCCAGUCCUUCCUAUGGAGCUCCAGAAAAAGCUCCAAGUCCCUCCUAUGGAGCUCCCCCCAAGGCUCCAAGUCCUUCCUAUGGAGCUCCAGAAAAAGCUCCGACCCCACCAAAAGCUCCUAGUCCUUCAUAUGGAGCUCCACCAAAGGCUCCUAGCCCAUCUUAUGGAGCUCCAGAAAAAGCCCCUGCGAAGGCUCCAAGUCCCUCAUAUGGAGCUCCAGAAAAAGCCCCAGCAAAAGCUCCUAGCCCAUCUUAUGGAGCUCCUCCCCAGGCCCCAAGUCCUUCUUAUGGAGCCCCACCAAAAGCUCAAGCUCCAAGUCCUUCAUAUGGAGCUCCAGAAAAAGCUCCAAGUCCUUCAUAUGGAGCUCCAGAAAAAGCUCCAAGUCCAUCAUAUGGAGCUCCAGAAAAAGCUCCAAGUCCCUCCUAUGGAGCUCCACCACAGGCUCCAAGUCCAUCAUAUGGAGCUCCAGAAAAAGCUCCAAGUCCCUCCUAUGGAGCCCCUCCCAAGGCUCCCAGCUCCUCUUAUGGGCCUCCAAGUUAGGCAAAUCUCUCCAAUGCUUCAGUUUCCUGUGGUUAUGUUAUACACUUCGUUUAUUCUGCCUUAUUGUGCUUCUUCCUUCAUGCUUUAUAAGAUUAAGACAUGACAGUUCCUGAUCAAGACAUGAAAAAGUCUGAUCAAGACAUGAACAAGCCUGAGGAAGACAUGAUAUGGCAAGCAGACGAACAGACGUUAAAAAAACUAAGAAUUGUAUCUCAAAAGUCUACACGUCAAUAAAUCACAGAGCGUUCCAAUCAUGUCUUGAUACGAAGCAUUUAUACUUUCAUCUACUGUGGUGUUUUAAUUUAGACUUUCACUUCCUUACUUGUCAAAACUGCACUAGAUUCUCAUAUCGUUAUUCUUUAACCAUUUUUAAAAUGUUUUUUCUAUUAUAUUCUCAUAGGGUAGAUGACACGUAUAGCUCUGAGAUCCAGCAAAGAACUGUCGCGUGGAUAUAAGGUCCCUAGUACCAGUAAUUGUAUCCUAGUACCAUGUUUUGUUUUGUGUUUUUAUUCGUUGAAGUUUUUAUACUUUUUACACCGAUUAGAAAUGUGUUAGCAAUAAAGCAAAUGGUUGAA